AUGUCGUUCAGUAGACUCGUCAGAUUCCUUGCCGAAGAUGGCAAAAUUUACUAUGGAGAUGGUAUCUUGCCCAAGCACAUCUCUGAUUCAUCUUUGGUAAAAGAGGCCAAAGUAAUCUUAGGAAAUAUUUUGUCUAACAACUACAGCAUCACUGAUAAAGUGCUUAAGAUCUCAAAACUAUUGUCGCCCUUGGAUCCAUUUAGAGAUAUCAGCACUGUCAGAUUCCUUGGAAUGAACUACAGAAAACAUGCCAUCGAGAUCAACGCUCCAAUUCCUAAGUAUCCAGUCUUGUUUUACAAACCAAUUACCGCCAUCAACAACCCCUUUGAUGACAUUAUUGUUCCUAAAGUUGCUCAAGUGUAUCCAAGCAAAGUUGACUACGAAGUUGAGUUGGUCAUAGUUAUUGGGAAAACUGGCAAAAACAUCUUGCUUAAAAACGCUGACGACCAUAUAUUGGGUUAUACUGUUGGUAACGAUGUCUCUCAAAGAACAUGGCAAAUUGAAAGGGGUGGUUCUCAAUUCUCUACUGGUAAAAUGUUUGAUUCCUGGGCACCAAUUGGUCCUGCAAUAGUCUCCAAAAGCUUAAUCCAGAAUCCCAAUAAUUUGGGUAUCAAAAGUGAAAUCAACGGUGAAUUAAGACAGAAUUCAAACACGAAGGAUUUAAUCUUCAACGUCCAACAGUUGGUAUCAUUUUUGUCUCAAGGGACUACAUUGAAUGCAGGUGAUUUGAUCUUUACUGGUACUCCUGAAGGUGUUGGCAUGGGUUUCAACCCUCCCAAAUGGCUAAAGCAUAACGAUGUUUCAACUUUUAACAUAGAAAAUAUUGGCACGAUUCAAAAUAGAUUUAUUUUUGAAGACUAUUCAGAAGAGGAAAAGGGUUAUGAUUACAAAUUUGAAGAUGGAGAACUUGAAUCAGUUCCAGUGCCUGAAUUUGAAUCCGAAUCCGACAAGGCAAAACUAUAA